AUGUUAAUGUCUACCGACGUUGCAUCCAUCAUGCUGCCUGUAUCCCGGGGUCUCAUGGACCGGGAUAGAGAGCUGGACCCCAUGGCCGGGGUGCACCCUAACGUGGGCGGGCCUGCUGCGGUUGUCCGGGGCAUGAAGCGCGGAGACCCGGAGCCCGACGGACUGACAGCGGCUGCUCUGGUGGACUCUACCGGGGCGGAGUCCAAGCGUCCCCGGAUCGACGGCUCGGGAGGGAUCGGCGAGGUUGGCCAGAACAACGACCCUUUGACCCUUGGCUACCAUGGCUACCCAUCUCUUAGUCAGGGCGCUCAGGAUAAUGCUGGCGGUCAGGAGGGCCUCGUACCCCCGCCUUUCUCUGCCUUCCCUCCACCUCCACCGCCGCCCCCCCAGAACGGCCUGGCCCUGGAUUACGGGGGCAGCCUGUAUGCAGCGGGGGCCGUCCAGGGCCCCGUGGAACUCGGUGGAGCAGUGAACAGUGCCGCCAACGCUGCCAGCCUCAGUGUCCAACAGUCAGAUGGGUCCUCCCAGAUUGACGGUCAGUCGGGUGUUGGCUCAGGAGGUGGAGGGAGCAUCGGGGACGAUACAGACGCCAAGGGGUCGCCCAAACGCCUCCACGUGUCCAACAUCCCCUUCCGCUUCAGAGACCCCGACCUACGGCAGAUGUUUGGUCAAUACGGCAAAAUCCUUGAUGUCGAGAUCAUUUUCAAUGAAAGAGGAUCCAAGGGUUUUGGUUUUGUAACUUUCGAGACGAGUGCAGAUGCAGAGAGGGCCAGGGAGAAGCUUCACGGUACACUGGUGGAAGGACGUAAAAUCGAGGUGAAUAAUGCCACAGCCAGAGUGAUGACAAACAAGAAGAUGGUGACCCCGUACUCUAACGGAGAGGGCCUCGCUACUCUGCCAUACGCAGGGUGGAAGUUGAGUCCUAUGGUUGGAGCCAUGUACAGCCCUGAACUCUAUACAGUACCAGGGUUCCCAUACCCAGCAGCAGCAGCCGCAGCAGCUGCCUCUACCGCAGCGACCUUCCGAGGCGCUCACCUGCGCGGCCGCGCGCGGCCCGUUUACAGUGCGGUCCGGGCGGCUGUGCCUCAGCCCGCCAUCCCCACCUACCCUGGUGUGAUGGCCUAUCAGGAUGGCUUUUACGGUGCAGCUGAUCUCUAUGGGGGCUAUGCUGCGUAUCGUUAUGCCCAGCCGACUGCGGUAGCAAAUCCGGCAGCAGCAGCGGCGGCUGCAGCAGCAGCUUACAGUGACAGCUACGGACGAGUUUACACAGCAGACCCUUACCAUGCUGCGCUCAACCCAGCGGCCUAUGGCGUGGGAGCAAUGGCCGCGCUGUACAGGGGAGGAUACAGUAGAUUUGCCCCUUACUAAAGACACUACAUUUCCCAGGAGCUCCUCUCUUCCAUUGAUUUUCUCUGAAAGAGCUCCCUCUGUUGUCGUGGAGAUGGACUGCACCCAGUUUUAAAGUGUGGUGUCGACCACAAGAUAUUUCAGAUCCCACCCCAGAGCAGUCCCAAGUUUUCUUAUAUACGCUACUACAGAAAUAGAGGAAUGCUGUAUUAAAGACUGAUGGAUGGCCUUUAUAUUUAAAAAAAAAAAAGAAGAAAAAAAGACAAUAAAUGGUCACCUUCCCUAUUGCACGGCUGUAUUAUAGUCUCCCCUUCUUAAUCCCUUGGCACUCAGCAGCACAAGACUCGUGAUGGAGCCCAGAUGUUCUUCCAAAGGCUGAAGGUGGAUAACUAAACAGCUGACAACCAAGUAUGAAAAAGAGCUGAGUGAUGUGUGGCCUGCACACACUCAACAUUAAAGGAGAAAGAGAGGGAAUCAAAGUGUCCAUGAAAUGUCAGAGCGUUAGAAAGCAGGAAGUUGCCUCAAAAGAGCACCGAAAAAAAACAUUUUCAAACCGAAAGAAGAGUCACUAAAAUGAUAAAAACACCCACUGAUGGAUUUUUAUAAUUCCUCCUUAAGGUGGGCGGAUAGUAGUGAGAGAGGAUUUCCAUUCUCGCUGUGUUCUGGUAGAGGAGACUGAACAUGGCGGCUUGGAGGAAUGAUGUGUGACGGUUAAUAACGCUACAGAAAUCACGUCCGAAGGGUGAAGGGGGAGGGAGGGUUAUUAGAGCUGUUCCUUACCUCAAGUUUUCUUAGUAUGUGGAAAUGGUGAACCUUUAAACUUAAAAUUGUUAUGAUAUGCAAAGAAAUUAGUUUAGAGAAAAAAGUUACCAAAUUAUUAUUAUUGUAAUUAUUCUCAUUAUUAUUCUUAUAAAACCAUUAUUUUUGUUUGACUCAGCACACCCUACUGAUGUAGAACAUGUAGAUUCAACAGUGAACCUUGGGGUUAAAACUGAAAAUAAACAUCAAUAUAACAAA